UGGGAAGAAGAAGGAGGCUGUCGAGGUUGGGACGUUGGUGAGGGAGGACUAGGCAGAGCCACUCUAAAAAGGAAUCAUCCUGAUCAGGACCAGGAGUUCUGUAUCACUCCAACACCCCAGGACGAGGUUCCUGCGUGGCCUUGAAGAAAAGAAACUUGGCACGUCCACAUCUUCACACAGUGACCUCGACAUCUGCGCCGCCUGGAAAUCAUGAUGGACGAGGAGAUCGUCGCGGACCAGACCAAGCUGAGGCAGGGCCUGGUCAGGGUGCUCGAGUGCGUGGCCACCAUCUCUUCAGCGGCAGCUGUGGUUAACCCCAUUUUUGGCGUGGCUGGGUCUCUGAUCCGGGUGGUGCUGCACCACGUUGAUGACGAGGACAUCCGCACCCUGAAGCGUGAGUUCGGCUCAGUCAACCGACAGCUGGACCAGCUGUCCCAGCUGAAUCGCAACACGCUGGUACAGAUCAAGAAAGAAACGCUGGAUGGCCAAUACUGUCGCGUGGAGGAGAACCUCAAGAACCAGUUCAGAAAGUUCAUGGAGAUGGUGGAGGCAAGGCCGGAGCACCGCGAGCGUAAGAAGGACGACUUCGAGGAGAGCUAUUCCAACGACUUGGGGGACCAGAACCUGCACACGCUCUAUGACGGCGUGGUAGGCAAACCGAAGCUCUUCAGCAGGCCCAUCCUGGAGGUCUACCUGAAGCACUCGCAAGGCGACCGCCAGACCAUGGAGCGACUCUGCACGCGCCUCACCUACCUGUUCUGCAUCGGCCUCAUCGCCCUCAUGGGCUACGCCGCUGUCAUCGGAGAUGACGAGGAGGGUCUGAGCGAGGAGUGGGCCGAAAAGAUGGAGCACGUGCAAGAGAAGAUGCAGGAGGCUCUUUGCAAGUGCAAAUGAAGAAGAAGCAUGAAGAAGAGUUGCUUUCUUUCUCUACUGCUGCUUUUCCUUCAUAUUCAGGACUGAAAUGUCCACAUUCCCUCUGUAACUCCUUUCUCCUCCUCUCCCUGCAAACACUUUGUAAGCAUCUACAGUGUGUUCACUGCUUGAAAGCCCAGUGGUAACGAACAACAUGCCACUUUCUUUUCAAAACACUAACCUGCUACAUGUGCAAGCAGUCUUUGCGCCACAGCCUGGUGUUUUUUGUCCAAGCUGAGGUAAAGCCAACUAAAUUAUUGCACAGUAUCUACCUUGUUAUGUGAUAAAACUGUAUAAGACCACCAGUGGUUUAAAUGGAUACAGACGCAGGACACUAAUCAGCUGUGGGCUCAUUACAAUGAAUCAUUCAUCAACUCUGAGAACUAAAUUUGCAGCAAUGUAAGGAAAAUGCAUUUAUUCUUGAUUAUAAAUGCUGCUUCAGUGCGUGAUAUUGCAACAUUUCUCACCUGUUAUGCACCUUUGGAAAGCACUUGUCAUUUAUUGUAGUUUGUUGAAAUGACAUGUCUUACACUACAAGGAAAUCAGUUAGCUGGAAUGUGCAGUUGGCCUGACUACAACCUCAACAACUGUGUACAGUUUAAAGGAGAACAAGAAACUUGGCUUAGGCUGCUGUCAUACUCUCCAACAGGGGGCCUCCUCUGAAUUCCUUGAAACUGACAAGUACAUAUUCUAUUUUAAUGUUAUGCCACUAAUGUGUGAUAACUGCUAAAAGACCCUGACAAACAGAGGGAGUAAAGUUGUCAGUCAAGUUAUUAAAAAAACGUAUGCAAAACCAAAACAAGGAUCAGCCCAAAUUUUUCAGAGCUGUGAAUGUAACUUCAUCGAUAUGAUCAUAUAAUCAUUAUCAUGUACCAAACAUGAUUAUACCGCCACGUUAAAAAAAAUAUGUGACACAAAUAUUGAAUGUUUCUGAUGCAUGGAGCUCAUGAUACACUACCUGUACUUUAUGCUGUCGAGCACCAAAUUUAGUCAAGUUUUACACUAAUUUCUGCUGCUGCUGAUUUUUUUUUUUUUCGUUAGAAAAUUGAAAACACUAACAGUAUACAUAAAAUCUGAUUUGUUGUAACGCUACACAAGCAUCUGGCAAAACCGCAGAAGGAUACUCUCUAGGAAAUCUUCCACUCUUCCACUUGUGCUGUUCUGUCACUUUUACUUCCUACCACAUGUUCACUAAAGCCUAAUAGCAAUGCAGGAGAUGCACUAAGUGUUGUUGUAAUAUAUAGAUAAAUUAUCAAUGGGUUUCUUUGGUAUGUGGCCAUUUUGAGCCUUUUAAGCAUUCAAUGUUCUUUAUUUUUGUUUUUACAGUUAAGCCUCAGCAUCAAGAUAAAGAUUCUGACUCCUCUCAUACGCGUCCUCAUCUGACCAACAGUGCCUAGAUGUACCAUUAGUUUGUAUUGUUUUUAAGGGUUUUUGUUAAUCAUUCAAAUAUAAUAUUGUGUAAGGCAUUAUGUUCUGAAAGGUCUUUAUGCUACAGUUUAGAUUCUAAACUUGUGGUUCAAAUAAUGUUGUAAUUUGUUUUUUAGCAAACGGGUGGUAUCACUAAUUAACUGCUCUUAUCCUUUCAAUACAUAACUCUGUCCUAAACUGGUUUCUGCUUCUGUGGCGUUGUGCCAAAACUCUCAUUGUUACAAAAAAUUCAGUACAUACUGCAAAUACAACCCAGAUUCCAAAAAUGUUGGGACACUGUGGAAAAUGUAAAUAAAAACACAAUGCAAUCAUCUGUCAAGUUCAGGUUCAUCAAUUUCAGAAUAAGCAUAUACGUACAAAAAUCAAUGCAGCUGAUCAGAUAAAACAUUAAAUACAUUGUCUUUGUAUUGUUUUAUAUUCAGGGUAUGUCAAAAAGGAUUAGCAAGUAAUCACAUUCUGUUUUAUGUUUCAAACAGCAGCCCAGCUGUUUCAGAAUCAGGGUUGUAUUUACAGAAUAUCGAGUCAAAAUGCUGUUGAUAUGGAUGAAUAUUACAUGAACCUCUUAAAGGCUUUUCUAUAAUUUCAUAUACUGUAUGUGAAUAUGUUGCCUUUUUUUGUUUUGUCUCUGAUGUCUGGUUGUAUAUGUACCACUAUAAAUAAACAGAAGUGAAAAGUA